UGCAGACAGCUAAUGCUUUUAUGCAUUACAUUGUUAGCACACAGAGAUAACAGUUUAUACAAUGCUGUCUCAUGGACUUCAUUCAUUAUUUAACCAAAGCAAUAGCACUUGCUGUUUUUUUGAGGAUCCUCUUCUGCACAACUUGUUGCCUCCUUUACUGAUUGUUAUCUUUGUGUUGGGCUUAUUAUUCAAUGGCACUUCAUUGUGGGCAUUUUUGUUUCACAUCAAAUCAUGGAAUUCAAGUGCAGUUUAUCUCUUCAACCUGUCUGUGGCUGAUUUUCUGCUCAUUGUCUGCUUGCCUUUCAGAACAGACUAUUACCUGAAACAGAAGUCCUGGGUCUACGGAGAUAUCCCAUGUAGAGUGAUGCUUUUUAUGUUUGCAAUGAACAGGGCAGGCAGCAUCUUCUUCCUUACCCUGAUUGCGUUUGAUCGAUAUUUCAGAGUUGUUCACCCGCUUCAUAAAAUCAACUCCAUCUCUAUCAAGGCUGCUGUUUUUGCUGCCUGUGCUGUUUGGCUUAUUGCGAUAUCAGCAUCGACAUACAUUCUUGCCACAGACCAUACUGGAAGAAGGAAGGCAAUGAAAACAAGCUGUGAAAGCUUCAUGGUGUGCCCUGCUGAAUCAUAUUGGCAUGACCUUCUCUUCAUCAUUGAGUUUUUAAUACCUCUGUGCAUUGUCCUCUUCUGCUCUUACAGCAUCAUUUGGAGGCUUAGACAGAGGAACCUGGACAGGGAUUUAAAAAUUAAGAAAACUGUCAAAGCUGUCACACUGGUUGGAGUAAUAUUCCUCAUAUGUUUCUUGCCAAGUGUUUCCACCAGGAUUGAGGUUUUAAGGCUUCAGGCUUCCCAACAACAUAAAAACUGCCGUGUUUACAAGUCUGCGGAAACUGCUUUCUUUAUCACCUUGUGCUUCACGUAUAUGAACAGUAUGUGCAAUCCUUUGUUUUAUUAUAUCUCCAGUCCUUCAUUGAGAACUUUUUACUUACAAAUUAUAAUCAAACUCAGAAUAAGGCUUUUUAUUUGUCCAGAUCCUUCCUGUUCACAAUCAUGAUUGUUUUUUUAUUUUUUUUUAUAUUUUACCCAUAUAAAAGACAAACCUCUGUCAUUUAUCUGUCUGCUAUGGGCAGAAUAUCUGUUAAAGUGGUCUUUGUUCUGGUGCUUGGUCAAUAUGCAUUGGUAAAGGGUGGAGGGAACCAAUACUGUUUGCCAGAAAAAAAGCUGUUUUGAUUAAGAACAUAUGCAGUAAUAAUUAUUCCCCCCCCAAACUAUUUAGGGCUAAGCAAAUAAUAAUCUUAUUAGACACCUAGACAUUCGUAAUGACUUUUUUAAAGUUAAUAAAUUAUAUAGAUGAAUCAAUUUAUAUAGUGGACCUACUAUGUAUUGUGGUAUUUGUAUAUAUGCAUUUAUUCUAUGUAUGCACUCUGUAUAAUUAGUGUACAAAUUGUGAAAAAAUAUAUAUGCAAUAUUAAAAUCACACGCUUACCCCUGUUGUCUUCAUAUGGGUAUGAAUAAAUGUCCCUUUACUUUGUCUAUUACUAGUAAUCCUUAUAUGACAUUAACACAAAAAUAAAUAAAAUAAUCUAAUCUAAUCUGGCUGUUCUGGAAGGUAAUUCUCUCCCUUUCUGAUUAGGUCUUUCCAGGGAUUUUUAACCUGUAUUUGAUCCACGGCUGCCUCUUCUCUUGUUUAUUGCUUCUUAUAUUUUAUAUUUUUAACCAUUUUGUAUUACUUGUGACUUUUUUGGGGGGAGGGAUGGUUGUUAUAUUCCCUCUCAAUGCUCUGUUUCACUUAGCAGGCUACCUAAAUUUCCUUACCAUGCUGUACACUACUAUGUCAUUUGAGUACCUUGUAUUGCUUACUUUUUCUCAAUAAAAAUAUAUUUAAAAAAUUUAAUAAAUAAAAUAAUCUAAUCUACAUAUUUUUAAUGAUUAAUUGCCCUCAGAUGUAGCCAGAUUGUGGAGUGGGGUAUGGUCCUCCAGGACCCGUGAUUUCCCAGACUUUCCUUCUACGACAGUAGUUUUUAAACAGCUUCCUUAUAAACUGAAAUGGGUGAAAUAGGCCAAAUUACAGGAAAAUCACAUCAAAUUCCUCAAGAGCUUACCUGUCUCAAGCCCAAUGGGGUCAUAUUACUGGCUCGACCUCUACUAGCUACCCAAAGUGCUCGGUAUCUUCAGAUACCCUUGUACAUAAUAUUUGGCAGUGCUCUAAAAUCAAGAGGUUCUGUUAUAAAGUUCAUAAUUUAAUUCAAACAAUUGUUGGUCAUAGUCUCCCAUUUUCAUGGAAACCUCUAUUUCUAGCUUUCUGAUUUUUCCCCUUGUGCUCUGACCAAGGUUCAAAAAUCUGCUUUGCCUUUACUGACUACUCUCACCACCUUGGCCAGACGCCUAAUAUUACGACAAUGGCUUUAGAAAAUUGCACCCUCUAUCAAGAUGUUGAAACUCGAGAUGUUGACUCACCUACAUUUUGAAAGGUGUUCUGCCUGUGAUGAAAUUGAAAGAUCAUGCUAAAUGUGAAUUAUACUUAACAUAUUUGCCACCAGACAUAUCCUUAUCCACUAUGAAAAUACUUGAAUAUACCACCUGGUCUCUCUUGCGAAAUAUAACAAUGUCUCAUCUACAACUGCACAAUGAUCCUUUUGUACAUUCUUGGUUCUGUUCCUCCCCAUCCCCCUGCCUCCCCCUUCUUCCUAUAUAUUUCUCAUUCUCUUU